AUGGCGACCCCAACUAGACAAAAUUUUCCUAACAAUCAAAUCUCAAUUUCUUCAGUAAAAUCCACUCUCAAAGUCUACUCCGUGCCUCUUCUUCUCCUUGCUCUCUCAAUUUUCUUCCAGCUAAUCGUCGUGCCCCGUAACUUCCCUACAACUCACUACGAUGUUUUGGGUAUCCAGAAGUAUAGCUCCAUUGAAGAGGUGAAUCGGGCCUAUGAGAAGAUAGCCUCCAAGUGGGAUUCAAAUGUUGAAAUUCCUCCUUCUGUUGAUCUUAUUGAGGUCCGGUAUGCUUUUGAGCUUCUUACGAAUAAGCUGUGGAAGAGGGAUUAUGACAUAUUCAAUAUCGACGAGCAGUUUCAUAUGAUUGAAAAGGUCAAGGCACAACAUACGGGAGCACAUAUUUAUGAUAUUGACCUUCCAUUGAUUAAAGCUACUGCCUCUGAUCUUGAAGAUUCAUUCAGUGUUAUCAACUCCCCGAAUUUUUCAUCCAUGUUUGAAGAUGACAAGGCAUCACUAGUACAGAUUAUUUCAUAUGGAAGCAAACGUUGUGCACAAUUUUCUCCUAAUUGGAAGAGAAUUGUUAAUCUGCUAGAUGGGGUUGCAAAUACUGGAGUUGUUGAACUUGGUGACGUUCAGCUUGCUUUAUAUCUAGCUGAGAAAAAAUCCAGUGGACAACCUUUCUUCAGAAAUGGACUUCCAGCCCUCGUAUCUUUCCCCCCUGGGUGUAAAAGUUCCAGUUGUCUUCAGAGGUACAAUGGUGAGCUUUCUGUGGAUACAAUUACUGAUUGGUUGGCAACAGGCAUCCUAAACCUGCCCCGAAUUCUUUAUUACUCGAAGGAGUCGAUGGUGCAUAAUUUUCUGGCUAAAAGUAAACCUCAUAAGGUCAGAGUCAUUUUCUUCUCGACAACUGGAGAACGUGCUACUCCAUUUAUUCGUCAGGCUGCUAAAAACUAUUGGGCAUAUGCCACUUUUGCAUUUGCUUUAUGGAAAGAAGAGGACUCUUCUUUUUGGUGGAAUAUUUUCGGUGUGGAAUCUGCUCCAGCGGUAGUAUUCCUGAAAGAUCCUGGAGUUAAACCUGUUGUUUAUCAAGGUCCAGUCAACAGUUCAUUGUUUAUAGAUUUAAUGGAGAAUAAUAAACUUCAUGUGCUACCCCAGUUAAGGAAUGUGACUUCAGUAGAGUUGGGCUGUAGUUCUCGAGGUUAUUCACGUGCCGGCAGUGAUACCAAGAUUUGGUAUUGUGCCAUUGUUGCUGGAAGACAGAGCCAGGAACUCAAUAAAAUGCGUGAAACCAUGCGCAGCAUCCAAGAAAAACUUUCAAAUGACGGAGAGCUAGAUGCAGUUGAUCUAGAGCCAAUUUCAGCUCCAGCAGCGUUAGCACUGAAACAAAAACGACUGACGCUUGCCUGGCUAGAUGGGGAGGCACAGAAGAGCUAUUGCUUCUUCCAUAUCCAUUCAGAAACUAGCUAUGAAACAUGCGGACCUAGGAGGGGUAUAACUGAUGCGGCGCAGUUGUUUAUUGUGCGCUAUGAGAGGAAUGUUACUGAAGAACCAAAGAAAGCUACGAAACCGACGAAACCACUAUUUCAAGCAUGGCAUAAUGUCGAUGCUGAUCCGGCAUCCACACUUGUAGCCAAGUACAAUGGCUCAAGUGAAAUUUCAGAGAUCAUAAGAUGGAUGUCUAAAACAAUUGAAGAUGGCGACUCCAGGGAGCUCCCUCCUUUUAAAACUAAAGUUCCUGAGCUAUUUCCAGAGGAGGCGGAUUACUUUUGGUCCCAACCUUCAGAGAAGAUCCUCUCUUCAGGAAAAAGCAUGAGACAAUGGACCAGUGGCCUCAUACUCCAAAUAUCUGAUUGGCUCAGUGAUCCUAGAAUCGGACCGUCUUUGCUUUUGGCAGCAUUGAUGUCAUUCGGUUUUAUUUGGCUAAAGCUAAAUAGAAGUCAAUCAACUCAACCUAGCAACCAGGAUGAAUCCAGUCAACCAAGGGUAAAGGAUGAGAAUAGACCACAGCGAAGGAAUCGUCGAAAAAAUGACUCAAACAAGCUCAUUCCACCUUCCAUCACUGACGAAGAACCAAAAGAUGCUCAACAAAUACGUGUUCGAUUUCAUCGUACAAAUUUCCCUAAAUUAUCAAAUUCGAAGUUAUGGGAAAGGGCUCGAAAUCCAAGGAUGCAGGAGGGAAGGGACAAAGGCAAAGGAGCGAAGGGUGAUGGCCUUGGAACCUGCACCUACGUCAAAGCUAGGCACAUCUUGUGUGAGAAGCAAGGAAAAAUCAAUGAAGCAUAUAAGAAGCUACAAGAUGGCUGGCUGAGUAAUGGAGACAAGGUUCCGCCAGCAGAGUUUGCCAAACUAGCUGCAGAAUAUUCAGAAUGUCCAUCUGGAAAGAAAGGUGGGGACUUGGGAUGGUUUCCCCGCGGCAAGAUGGCUGGUCCAUUUCAGGAGGUUGCGUUUAACACAGUUGUUGGAGCUACCACUGCACCAUUUAAGUCAACACAUGGAUACCACAUUAUCUUGUGUGAAGGAAGGAAGAACUGA